AUGAACCGUUCGUUUGCUCUCUCGCUUAUUGUCGUGACCUUCACGUCAUCUUGGGCUACUACGUCUGUGGCCGGUAAUGAAGACACUAUUGCCACAAAGCACGUGCUGUGCCAUGACGACGACGCUCCUGUUUGCGGUUCCGACAACAAAACUUAUCCCAACGCAUGUAUUUUGCGCUGCUUUAACGUCACGAUGGCUUAUGGGGGCAUUUGUGAUGAUAGGAUCAUGGACAAACAGGGGGCACAUUGGUUAAGUUCUCUAACGAACGAACAUAUGGGUUUGAUUCGCAACCAUGCUAAUUCGAAUCCAGCUGACGAAGACGGGAUUUUUUUCCGAAAGGUAUUUCAAGCUUAA